AUGAAUGCUCACCACAUUAAUUGGAACUGCAGAUCAUCUAAUAGUACGGGGAAAGCCCUUGCUGAUUUAGCAAACAGUAAAAAUCUUGAAAUCUUAGCGCCUCAAACCCCAACUAGAUUCGGUCCCAACUCUGCAUCAACUAUAGAUUUAGCAAUUACCAAAAAUUUCUCCUACAAACACCAAAUAACAUCCAUCCCCGAUCUGCCCUCCGACCACAACCCAAUAGAACUCAAAUAUGACUUCAAUAUCACCCCAAUAAUCAUUAAUAGACAAAAAGUCACUACUGACUGGGAGAACUAUAAAAAAUUCCUAAACACAAAUGUAGAACUGAGAAUUCCUGAUAUUCGUACCCAUAAACAACUUGAAACUGAAAUCCAAAAACUAAUGUCCGACAUUACUGACGCGUAUAAUAAUAGUUCAAGACCCCUAAAGCUCCAUGAGCAAUUAUAUCUACCUCCCAACAUCAGGGAACUUAAAAAAUUACGAAAUAGAGCUAAAAAGAACUGGCAAAAUAAUAGGGAUCCAGUCUCUAAAAAUAGAUACAAUAGGGCUCAAGAAAAAUUUAGAACUGCCAUAACCUUAUACAAUAGUAAUAUCUACCUGAAACAAAACGAAACCCUAAAUGCUCAGGACAAUUCACUCUGGAGAGCAACGAAGAGGCUCAAACAAAAGCGGUCCCCAAUCCCCCAGUUAAUUGACCCAAUCUCUAAACUUCCUGCACAUACUGAUAUCCAGAAGGCUGAAAUAAUUGCAGACCAUUUUGAAGAUCAAUUCAAACCAAACAACCUUCCCAACAAACAAAUGGAGAAUAUGGUUCAAAAUACAAUAGAAAACUAUCUUAAACAGAACCCUAAUUACAACUACGAUCAAACCCAUCCUAACAUAUGCAUGCCCGGUUUGGGCUGCCACCGCCAAAACAAACCUCAACAAAAUCAUAGUACUGGAAAACAAAACCAUCAGAAUGAUAACUGCAGCCAGAUGGUUCCACAGAAAUGUUGA